CCAACCGUUAUGCCGCGGGAAAUACCAGAAGGUGUGGAUGUCGAAGAGUAUUUGAAUGCAGUGAAAAGAGAAGCAGAGAGUAUCAGAAAAGCCGACAAGAUCACUGUUCGGAAUCUCCAAGUAACUGCAAAUGCCGGGGUCGACGUAUGGGGACGACAGAAGAAACAACGCGCUCUGGUCACUGCAACAGUUGCUCUGGCGAAAUUUUUCGACACAGCAGCCCAGGCAGAUUCGCUGGAUGACAGCACCAUCCAUUAUGGAAUUUUGAGCAAAGACUUACAGAAGGCCGUGGCUGACAAGGAGUCGGCAUGGAUGACUACGUUCGAUUUCUCGAGUCAUCUCAUAAACCAAGUCAACUCCACAGCCGGCCCAACCUCUCUUCUUUCACUAGAGGUCGACGUCUUUUAUCCGAAAGGAAGCAUGUUUGGGGAUGGGGUUGGGUACAAGCAGACCACGACUCAGUACCAAGACGGAGUCGAGGAGCUCUAUCUGCGUAAUUUGAGAGUUCCCUGCAUCAUCGGGGUCAACUCGAACGAACGGCUCCAGAAACAACCGGUGGUGGUUAAUGUUUGGAUCGAGAAGGUGGCUAGGGAGCGAAUCGAUGAUUACCCCAAACUAGAGACGGCCGUAGUCAACAUCAUCGCAAGCUCUUCAUUCGAGACACUGGAAUCCCUUUCCACCGUGGUGGUGGAUGAGCUGCGGAAAAACUACUUUACAGCAGCCGACGAGGGGUCUAGUAUCAGGCUUCGGGUAGAAAAGCCACUCGCAGUGCCAUUUGCCGAUGCGCCGGCCAUUGAGAUAUUACGAGGCGUGGGACGAUAA